AAGAUUUCAAUUUAAAAUUUCAAAAACUAUAAAAGCAAAAUGUUUUCAUAAAUCAGUUUUCCAGAGGUGUAGAAAUUUUGAAUGGAGAAGUAUGAAGUUGAACUCGAAAUGAAGGAACAGUCCUGGUCUCCUCCUAGAUGGAUUCAACCUUUUAAUCCAACCAGAUUUCAGCAGGGUAGCCAGGUAUUGUUUGAAGGAUUAGUCUCAGGGGCUCCUUCUCCUGAUAUAACCUGGACUUGGAGAGGAAAACCAUUGCAGACCUACUCUGGUAGAGCCGGACAGGGGAAAAUAGUUUCAUUUGAUCCUAACAAUGGUAGAGUUACACUUAUGCUCAGUGAUGUUGGUCCAGGGGAUGAGGGUGUUUACACAUGUACAGCUUCAAAUCCAUACGGAGAAUCCUCCUGUACAAUAAAUCUUUCUGCGGAGACAAAGAUGACCCCAAGUCGACCUCGACCUACCCUUCCUAAAGGAUCCUGUCGAACUAACCUCAAAGCUUGUCACAUCGACUCGGAUGAUUACGCAGAUUAUGCCAGAUUAAAGGGACUAUAAACAAAAUUUAAGUAUUUUCAAUGAAAAUGGGGAAAAAUAGCAAAACCUUGACUUGAUAACAAUAUGUACAUUUAGAACUACAUCGAAAUAAAAUCAAAAUAGAA